AUGGAUGGUGCUGGUAGUAUUACAUUUUGGGGUUAUAGUCCUAGUCUUUGUUUAACAAAAUAUAUUGAUAAACAAUCAGAAGAAUUACCUAUUCGACUUUUAUUAAUUGGUAAUGGAGAUAUUCGUCAUAUAUUUCAUACAUUAGCAUUAACAACAUCACCAAUACAUAUAUAUAUUCUUGAAUCUCAAUUAGAAAUUUAUGCACGUCAUUUACUUUUUCUUCAAUUAAUAUUUACAUCAAUUAAUCAAAUAGGUUUACAAGAAAAAUGUGAACAUUAUCUUGAAUUAUUUGCUAAUUUACAUAUUAAUACACAUACAGAACAAUAUUUAAAAGAAGCAGCUACUCAACUUAUUCAACAUAUAACAAAUAUAAAUGGAGAAUUUCAAUUUGCAUCUAAUAUAACAAUUGAUACAACAUUAUUAAAAUAUAAAGAAAAAGAUUUUCUUGAAGGUAUAUUUCAAUUUUGGCGAGCAUCAUCUACUAAGCAACCAUUUCCAGCUGAAUUAGCUUGGGAUGGUCGUGUUCGACAAUAUUUAGGUAUGUACAGUAAAAAACAAAAUACAAACAGUUUACUACACCAUAUUCCUCCUAAUUUAAAUCAAACAAAAAAGUAUUUUAUACAGUACUUCUUCGUACUUUACAGGAGGUUACAGUGCAAAACUUUUUAUAGUAGUAUACUGUACGAUGUACGAUACAGUAGUUUAGAGUGCAAAGUAUUCUAUCGUAGUUUACGGUACAAAGUAUUGUACAUAGUCUAUGGUGCGAAGUACUCUUUAUAGUUUAGAGUGCAAAAUACUGUAUACAGUUUAAGGUACGAAGUUUUGUGCAAUAAUUCACGAUGUGAAAUGCUGGGCAUUAGUUUACGGUGUGAAGUAGUAUAGAAAUAGUUUACUGUAUGAUGCACUGUACAACUGAGCGAUAAAUAUCAAGAAACUAUCGUGAAUAUACUGAUUGGUUUAAUGUGCACUAUGCUAGGUGUGGAUGUAUGAAAGUACUGCAUUAUGAUAUAUUCUAUCAAAAUAGAUGAAUAUUUUUUAAGGCGGCCCCCCCCCCCCCCCCCCCCGCCCCCUUCUUUUUCUGUUCGUCAACUCCAGUUGUGUUCGUGUAGCGUUGCAUGGGGCUGCGAGGCUUC